GGUUCUGGGUGUUUUCAAAACGUCACCAUGACGUCGCCGCAUCCGUUGGACGGAUGGAGCAGCGGCCUGUGCAGCCGCUUGCAGAUGUCCUGGCUUUGGCCCAUGCUGAGAAGUGGUAUGAGGCAUCCUUUGCAGGAAGCGGACGUUUGGCCAGUGCCUCACGCCUUAUCAGCCGCAGAGCUGGGAAGUGCCGUGUCAGAGAUUUGGAGCAAGGAAUGCGCUUACGCUGUGGCCACUGGACGCGCUCCAGGAGUGAAGAGAUUGUUGCUCCGCUCAGCCACGGUACAAUGCUUCUUUUUCUUGGUUUGCAGCUUGCUGUGUACAAUAUCCUAUGUGCUGGCGCCCCUUUUCCUGCGGAACAUCCUGCGCGAACUGGACUCCUUCAGCGCCUCGCCACGGACGCUGCUGCCCUGGGGUCUGGGCUUCGUGAGCUGCUUCGUGGGAAUCUCCUUCGGUGUUGGCUACUCCAAGUUUCAGGGGCAUGUGGCUGGUUUGCGCAUGCGCGUGGCCAUCCAGACGCUGGUCUACAACCACUGUCAAAAGAUGCCGGCAGAUCUGAUCUCUAGCUUGCAGAAUCCCACGAAUCUCAUGUCCAUUGAUGCAGAACGGCCACAUCAGAUGUUCGCCAUUCUGAUGCCGCACUCCUUCGUUUUAGUCAUCGUUCUGCCCAUUUUGCUGAUCUCCAUGCUCGGAGUGUUGCCAGCGGCUGUUUGCCUCUUGAGCUGUUUGGGUACCAUGCCGUGCUCUAUGCGCAUUGGCCGACACGUUGUGCAGCUGAGACGGGGCAUGGGUGGUGGCAUGGGUGGCGGAAUGGGCGGCGGAAUGGGCGGUGGAAUGGGUGGCAACGUCAGUGGUAGCAUGGCUGGUGGCAUGGCUGGUGGCAUGGGUGGCGGCAGCAUGGGUGCUAGCAUGGGUGCUGGCAUGGGUGGCGCUGGCAUGGGUGGCACUGGCAUGGGUGGCACUGGCAUGGGUGGUGCUGGCAUGGGUGGCGCUGGCAUGGGUGGCGCUGGCAUGGGUGGCGCUGGCAUGGGUGGCGCUGGCAUGGGUGGUGCUGGCAUGGGUGGUGCUGGCAUGGGUGGCCCUGGCGUGGGUGGUGGCAUGGGCGGCUGCGGCAUGGGUGGAGGUAGCAUGGGCGGCGGUGGCAUGGGCGGCUGUGGUAUGGGCGGGUGCGGCAUGGGUGGCGGCAGUAUGGGCGGUGGGUAUGGUGGGUGGGAAGGACAGCCGCAACAGGGGCCCCCAGGUGGUGGGAAGGGAUGUGGUGGAGGCAAAGGUUGGGGCGGUCAAGGCUGGGGAGCUGGCUAUGGCAUGUUCGGUGGUUACAGCAAUGUCUAUGUCGCUGGCAUCCCCGAAGCUUGCACUGAACAAGAGUUCCGAGACUUCUUCGCCCAGUAUGGCAAUGUGACAUCCACGAAGCUGUCUGAUCAGAGCAAGAACGGCACCAGAUACGGCUUCGUGAAUUUCACCACCCCAGAAGAAGCCUACCAGGCAAUUCAAGCAACGAACAACAUGCAGUUCGGUCCCUGUGUAUUGACCGUGCGUCUGGCCAACAGCAGCAAGGGCUCGGGGAAGGGACUUCCUCCCGGUGGAAGCAUGGGCAUGUCCCUGGGGGGCUUUGAUGGAUGUCCGCCCUCGGAAACGCUCAUCGUCAAAGGAUUGUCCUCCAAGUUGACCGAUGAAGCCAUCAAAACGGCUUUCUCUGCAUAUGGACAGGUGAACAAUGUGAAGAUCAUGGAUCAGUAUGAAGGCUUUGCGCUGGUGCUGGUGAAAAUGGCCACAGUGGAGCAAGCCGAGUGGGUCGUGGACAAGGUGGAUGGCAACAUCCCGCAUACCUUAGACGCGCCCGUAGAUGUGUCCUUCAUGCCCACUGGAGGCGCACGGCUUCAGCAUUUGCUGUCGAAUCCCAACGCCCCCUUCGGUGAUAAGGAGUCCACCAGCCCUGCGACGCGUGAAUUCCAGAAAGCGGUGAGCGACACCAUUGCUGGAGUCAAGGGCUUUAAAGCACCACCUUCCGGCGAAGACGAAGCAGAUCCGAGCCAUUUAUUGAUCAAAGGACUUGCACCGGAGAUCGAUGAGCUCUACUUGUACUAUGUCUUCGCUCCAUUCGGUGCGGUCCAAAACAUCACGGUCUCGAAGGAUGAGUAUGGCGGUUGCACGGGCACCGCCUACGUGAAGUUCGGUGUGCCGGAGGAUGCUCUGCUGGCGGUCCAGACGCUCUGUGGAAAUCCACUGCCGGAUGGCAGUAUCAUGGGCGUUUACGUCAGGAGAAGUAGCGGGACCAGCAACUUGAAAGGUGGCUGA